CUGCAGCAUUGGCUCGGCGGCACCUCCGAGAAUCUGGAGGCGAUGCUGUUGCGGAUAUCGGCCGGGUACGUCGAGGGCGUCCGCCCAGGCCUCAUCGACGAGGAGACGCUGAUGGACCCCGUGGUGCUCCCUGACCAGGGCAUCUGGCACCCGCUGGCGCCAGAGAUCUUCCAGACCAUGGGUGAGUACAAGGAGUGGUACAACGGCGUCCACCUCCCUCUCACCGACAUCCCUGGUGACGCGCCCCUGGUGGGCGUCAUCCUUCAGAAGUCGCACAUCGCCACCCAGGACGACGGGCACUACGUCGCGAUGGUCCAGGAGAUCGAGCGCCGCGGCGCGCGCAUCGCCUGCGUGUACACCGGCGGCCUGGACUUCUCGCAGCCCGUGAAGGACUACCUGCUCGACCCGAUGACCUUCGAGGGGGCCUGCGACGUGCUCGUGAACCUCACCGGCUUCAGCCUGGUGGGCGGGCCCGCCUCGCAGGACGCCGCGAAGGCGAAGGAAGGUGCUGAUGCAGGUCAACCGCCCGUACCUCGUCAGCGUGCCGCUGGUGUUCCAGUCGUUCACGGAGUGGCAGAACAGCCAGCUGGGGCUGCACCCCGUCCAGGUGGCGCUGCAGGUGGCGCUCCCAGAGAUCGACGGCGCGAUCGAGCCCCUGAUCUUCUCUGGCCGCGACGGCACGAGCGGGCGCUCGAUCCCCAUGCCCGACCGCAUCGACGCCCUGGCGACGCGCGCCCUGAACUGGGCCAGGCUGCGCAAGAAGGAGAACCGGGACAAGAAGGUGGCGAUCAAUCUCUUCCAGUUCCCACCCGACAAGGGCAACGUCGGCACUGCGGCGUACUUGGAUGUGUUCGGGAGUAUCUUCUCGGUGCUGAAGGAGCUGAAGCAGAAGGGGUACACCAUCGAGGAGCUCCCCGACGACGUCGAGGGCCUGCAGAAGUCCAUUCUGGAGGACCCGCUGCAGGAGUACUCGAUGGCCGACCUCCACGUCGAGUACAAGAUGAGCUGCGACGAGUACGAGAGCCUCUGCCCAUUCAGCAGGGACCUCUACGAGAACUGGGGCCCACCCCCGGGCACCCUCAACACGGACGGCAAGGACCUGCUGGUGUACGGCAAGCGCUUCGGCAACGUCUUCCUGGGCGUGCAGCCCACGUUUGGCUACGAGGGGGAUCCGAUGCGGCUGCUCUUCGCCAAGUCCGCCUCGCCGCAUCACGGCUUCGCGGCGUUCUACACGUACCUGGAGUUCGUCUUCAAGGCAGACGUGCUGCUCCACUUUGGCACCCACGGCUCCCUGGAGUUCAUGCCCGGGAAGCAGGUGGGCAUGUCGGGCUCGUGCUACCCAGAUCGCUUGGUCUCCGUGCUGCCGAACUUGUACUACUACGCCGCGAACAACCCCUCCGAGGCCACCAUCGCAAAGCGCCGCUCCUACGCCUCCACCAUCUCCUACCUCACCCCGCCGGCAGACAACGCGGGCCUGUACAAGGGCCUGCAGGAGCUCAGCGAGCUCGUGAAGUCCUACCAAGGCCUUCGGGAUAACGAGCAGCGCGGUGCUUCUAUCGUCGCUUCCAUCGUCGCGACGGCCAGGACAUGCAACCUUGACAAGGACAUUGAGGACCUGCCUUCCGAGGAGGACGAUAUGAAGGCCUUGUCUAUCGAGUCCCGCGACUUGGUCGUCGGCAAGGUGUACCGCCGCCUGAUGGAGAUCGAAUCGCGCGCGCUGCCGAUGGGGCUGCACCGCAUCGGCGUGCCGCCCACCGCAGAGGAGAGCGUGGCAACCCUCGUGAACAUUGCACAGCUGGACCGCCCGGACAGCAACCCACCGGUCAAGAGCUUGCCGCGCAUUCUCGCCGAGUCCGUGGGCAUGGACGUCGAGACGGUCUACCGGAACUCCGACUCUGGCGUCUUCGAGGACGUCACCAGGCUGCAGCAGAUCGUCGAGGCGAGCCGGGCUGCGGUACGGUCGCUGGUCAGAGAGUCAACCAAUUCGGAGGGCCGCGUGGAGAAGCCCAACCCCAUACUGCGCGACGUCUUCAAUUUCUUCGGAGGUGGUUCUCCAUGGAAGAAGGCGGCGGCCGAGGCGGGCUUCCCCGAUGCCCGCGAGGAGGACCUGAAGCCGCUCUUCGAGUAUCUGCAGGCGUGCUUGGUUCAGGUGGUCUGCAACAACGAGCUGCCUGGCCUCCUCAACGGCCUCGACGGCAAGUUCAUCGAGCCCGGCCCUGGCGGCGACCCCAUCAGGAACCCGGACGUGCUGCCCACCGGCAAGAACAUGCACGCGCUGGACCCCCAGUCGAUCCCCACCAAGGCGGCUGCGGACGUGGGCCUGGUCGUGGUGAAUCGCCUGCUCGAGGGGCUCGAGAAGCAGGGCCAGUUCCCCGAGUCCAUCGCCUUCACGCUGUGGGGCACCGACAACAUCAAGACGUACGGCGAGAGCCUCGCGCAGGUGCUGGCGCUGGUCGGUACCAGGCCGGUGCCCGACAGCCUGGGUCGCGUGAACAAGGUGGAGCUCAUCCCGCUCGAAGAGCUGGGCCGCCCUCGCAUCGACGUGGUGUGCAACUGCUCGGGGGUCUUCCGAGACCUCUUCAUCAACCAGAUGAACCUGCUGGACCGCGCUAUCAAGAUGGCGGCCGAGGCCGACGAGCCCAUCGAGCAGAACUUCGUGCGCAAGCACGCGCUGGAGCAGGCAGAGGAGCUGGGCAUCUCGCUGCGCCAGGCCGCCACCCGCGUCUUCUCCAACGCGGCCGGCUCCUACUCGGCGAACGUGGGCAUUGCUGUGGAGAACGGCGGCAACAUCGACGAGUCGCAGCUCCAGGAACAGUUCCUGACCCGGAAGGGUUUCGCCCUCAGCGCCGACGCACCGGGGGAGUUGACGGAGUCCACGGAGCUGUUCAAGUCCUCCCUGAAGAGGGUUGACAUCACUUUCCAGAACUUGGACAGCAGCGAGAUCUCUCUGACGGACGUGUCCCAUUACUUCGACAACGAUCCGACCAAGGUGGUCCAGAACCUCCGUGACGAUGGCAAGAAGCCGGGCGCUUUCAUCGCUGACACCACCACUGCCAACUCGCAGGUGCGCUCGCUGUCCGCGCAGGUGCGCCUGGACUCGCGCACGAAGCUGCUGAAUCCGAAGUUCUACGAGGCGGCCCUCAAGAGCGGGUACGAAGGCGUGCGGGAGAUUACCAAGCGUCUGCGCUACACGUACGGCUGGAGCACCACGGCCGGCGCCGUGGACAAUUUCGUGUACGAGGACGCCAACGAGACCUACAUCACAGACGAGAGCAUUCGGCAGCGGAUGAUGGACAAGAAUCCGGAGGCACUGCGCGAGAUGAUCACCACCUUCCUGGAGGCGAACCAGAAGGGGUACUGGGAGACCAGCGAGGAGAACCUGGAGCGCCUGCAGCAGGUGUACCAGGAGUGCGAGGACAAGAUCGAGGGCGUCGACUUCACCAUGCCUGCAUGAGCUCCCGCGGCACCUCGGUGACUCCCCAGAGCGCCCGGCCCGCCCGUGCUGCGCACCAUCGCCAGCAGGUGUCUGGCCCACCUCCUGGUGGAAGACGCGGGCGACGCGGACCGUCACGCAGCGUCGUCAAGGUUGUGAGUGGCCUCGCUCGUUGGGAGGCCAGCCGCUGCUGGACGCCCGCGCCCGCUGACGCCCCUGGGGUGGAAGCAAUUUUAAGUGCAGUUUGCUCUUCUC